AUGGCAACCGGAGCAGCUGAAAUGAUGCUUCAGUGUGUCUUUGAUAGAAGCUUGUCGAUGUCAGACAUAGAUAAGGAGCGACGGCCUUACCAUAAAAACUGCAGUUGUGCAUUGCACAAACAGAAGGGAGAACAACCAAGCAGUUGUGUCCAUACUAGGAGUAUAUCAUUACCCAAAAUGCCAAAACAGAAAGAUAUGGCUUUGUCAAUAGCAGCUUCCCAAUACUCUUUUCCAUCUUCUUCUUGCAAUAAUUCAUCACUCAGGAGUUCACAGCAUACAACUCCAGGUUUAGCAAGUAGUUCACAGAUUUUCAAAUAUAGUCAGACGCAAAAGCCGAAGGGGAGUAAAGUUGAUGUCAUGUGA